CUUCCUUCGCAUCUUUCCGGCCCUUUGUUUCAGAGCUUUCUCUCUCUCUCUCUCUCCUCGCGACUGCAGUAGUCGAGCACCAGCACGAUGCAGGCCGUGGCCAGGCGUUUAGGGCAAAGCUCUCUGAGCCCUUCGCCUUCAAUCUCCUCGCUCAAGUCUAUCUACCCUCUCUACGAUCACUAUUAUGGAGCUGAACACCCGAGGUAUGGAUCUACCCUUGCCACAAAGGGAAUCGGUCACCUUGUUCGGAAGGGGACUGGUGGAAGAUCAUCUGUUAGUGGCAUAGUGGCUACAGUCUUUGGAGCAACUGGGUUUCUUGGUCGUUAUGUGGUGCAACAACUUGCUAAGAUGGGAUCUCAAGUUCUAGUUCCUUUCCGGGGUUCUGAAGAUUCUCAUCGUCAUCUAAAGCUGAUGGGGGAUUUGGGACAGAUAGUGCCAAUGAAAUACGAUCCAAGAGAUGAAAGCUCAGUCAAAGCUGUGAUGGCAAAAGCUAAUGUAGUUGUUAACCUUAUUGGAAAGGAUUAUGAAACAAGGAAUUACAGCUUUGAAGAAGUAAACCAUUUCAUGGCUGAACAACUUGCAACGAUUGCUAAAGAACAUGGUGGUAUUGCAAGAUUCCUCCAAGUUUCUUGUUUAGGGGCUUCUGCUUCAUCUCCGUCGAGAAUGCUAAGAGCUAAGGCUGCUGCGGAAGAGGCUGUAAUGAGAGAAAUGCCUGAGGCCACAAUUCUGAAAUCUGCUGCAUUGGUUGGCACAGAGGAUAGACUUUUGAACCGGUGGGCAGAAUUUGCUAAAAAGUAUAGCUUUCUUCCCCUCAUUGGGGGUGGAUCUACCAAAAUUCAACCUGUAUACGUUGUUGACGUAGCUGCUGCAAUUAUUGCUGCCUUGAAAGAUGAUGGUACCAGUAUGGGAAAAGUUUAUGAACUUGGUGGGCCAGAUAUAUUUACAGUGCACGAAUUAGCAGAGCUCAUGUUUGAGACGAUUCGUGAAUAUCCUCGCUAUGUAUCACUUCCUGUUCCUAUUGCAAAGGCCAUGGCAAUGCCACGAGAAAUAUUACUUAAGAAGGUUCCCUUCCCAUUACCAAAUCCUGAGAUCUUCAACCUAGAUCAGAUCAUUGCUCAAACUUCAGAUACAGUUGUGUCGGAAAAUGCUUUGACUUUCAACGAUCUCGGACUCAUGCCACAUAAGCUGAAGGGAUACCCUAUUGAAUUUCUUACCUGCUACCGCAAGGGUGGUCCGCAAUUUGGUUCUACAAUCAGUGAAAAAGUGUCUGCGGAUUGGCCAUGAUAUCCUAAGGGUCCUAGUUCCGAUUAUUUUCUUGUUUGUUGAAGAGUGUUACCGAGUUGGAAACAUUGAAUCAGGUUUUCAGCAAGGUGCCUUUUAGGAAAAGUAGGAAAGCAAUAAAGAUAAGGUUCAUAUGGAAAAAUGGUUCUUCAGUUAUUUUUCUGACUUGUAUAAUUUGUGAAGUACUGCCAAUUUGUAAUUUUUUAAAGAGUUGGAAUUUUCAUUUUUGGCUCGUUCAUAAGCCCCGAGUAAUGGAGGGAACCCAGAAUUUGUCUUCUCA